AUGUAUCGGAAGUUGUCUAAGUUAGAACACUCGGAAAUAAAACAACUUCUUACAGAAGCUAACAUAGAUGUUGCAAAACAUUACGCAACAAACAAAAAGGCACUCGCUGACAUCCUCAAUGACUAUAAUGGUGAAAUAACUUAUGAUAGAAUUCAUGAUUACAUUAAUAACAAAACAUUUCCUUUAAAUGACGUUGCUAUUGACUUAUAUCAUAGACGUUCAAUACCUCAUGAAGUAAGAAGAGAAAUGUUUGACAUAACAAAGCCGCAUGACGGCGCGGGCGUAGCCCAUGCGAACGUUGGUGAAACAAGAAGAAGAGACGACACACUGAAACAACAGAGAAGAGAGAUGUUUAAAAGUGCUAUAGAACAAGUUCGUAAAGCUAACGAUGUCAUUCGUUCCAUUGACGACAAACCAAAAGAAGGUGAGAGAUGGUUAAAGAAAGAUGAAGAAAAUAGGAAGAGGAAUGUGAAGUCAGGCAAUAGACUCAUUGACUUUAACAUCGAAGCUUUAGAUGAACCAAACAGAGACUACUUACACAAACAUUUCGGUAAGGUUUUCAUGAGACUCUUAGAGAAAAUUAAAAUAAAUUCGCAACAAAGAUGGAUGGUAUGUUAUAAACUUGGUGGAAAGUAUGAAUGUUCUACGUUAAACCUCAAUAAUAUUGGAACAUUACUACAUCAGCUCUUGAAGGAGAACUUUAUAUCAGAGAUAGAAGCAAAUGCUGCAGGUAUUGUUGAAAUGCACUAUGACUUCUUCUUGACAAACAUAAAGAAUCUUACCGAAAUAAAGAUGUAUGAUUUAACAGAAUAUGAAGGCUUAACGAUGUCAGAUGUAAAGAAAGGCAAACCAAAAAAGAGACCAUAUAGAGAUGAAAGCACACUGACAAAUGACCAGAAAGCCAUUUUGGAAGCUCUUAAGCAAACAGGAAACCCAGCACUUAUAGAAAGCUUUUGGAAAGAUAA